UACUCAUUACUAAGUCUAUAAAAGAUUUGACAUUAAAAGUUUUGACGGCAUAAUCUAAGAUGGCUUUUCAGAAAGCGUUUAUUAGUUUUGCUCUUGUGGUGUGCUUAAUUUGUCCAGUAUGCGUAUCCCAACUUUUAGAUGGCUGUGAUAAUCGACCAAAAGAUAUCGUCUUUAUACUGGAUGCAUCUUCCAGUAUAUGGCCAGUUGAUUUCCACACACAGCUCAAGUUCCUCCAAAACUUAACCAAAACGUUUAAUAUUGGUCCAUCUGAUAUCCAAACUAGAGUUGGAAUUGUUACAUUCAGCAACUCAUGGAAAGUAGAAUUUCAUCUAAAUGAAAAAAUGAACAAACCGGACCUAGCCAAAGCCAUCCGACGAGUAAGGCACCUAACAGGAGGAACAAACACAGCAGACGCCAUCAAUUUUGUUGCAGACAACAUGUUCCUUCCGGAAAACGGCGCGCGUCAUGAUUCUACUAAAAUCGUGAUAGUUAUUACUGAUGGAGAAAGUUAUUACAAAGACAAAACUGCAGCUGCUUCUAAAAAACUUAGAGAAAAAGAUGUAAGCGUUUUUGCUAUAGGCGUCGGCUCUAACAUUGAUUUAAAGGAGCUAGAAAGCAUUGCUAGUGAUCCUUCUGACAAAUAUGUGCUGGAGGUUUUAAAUUACAGAGGUCUAAAGAGGAUUGAAUCUAUUUUACGACAGAGGACUUGUGAAGUUACAAUGGCACCUACAGUCGCAACGAGUCCUUCGACCACAAGAACAACAUUGAAACCUUCUACAACGACAACACAAACAACUGUAACAACAACAGAAUUACCAACUACAAAAGAGCCUUCAACACAACGUCCAGAAAUCGCAAAAACUACCCCAGAUGCUGAAAACUUGCAAGCAGACAGAGGGAAAAUCACUAAAAACUGUGGUGGAAAACCUGCUGAUGUUUUCUUCCUCCUUGAUACAUCCGGAAGCAUUCAUCCCACUGAUUUUAAGAAACAGCUCGACUUUGUUGGAACCGUUGUAGGAAUGUUUGAUAUAUCACCCGAUAAGACCCGAGUUGGGCUAUCAACUUUUAGUCACGAAUACAAUCGUAUGUUUGGACUAGAACAAUACCACGAUAAAGAUUCAUUGUUGGGUGCAAUUAAAUCUGUACCCUAUAGUGGUGGUGGAACUGAUACCGGGCAUGCCCUGAAACAGCUACGUGAGCGUGAAUUCUCGCGACAAUUCACGAGACCGAGUGUUGCACAUAUUAUCAUUGUUCUUACGGACGGCUUAUCCAGAUUCCCAGAUCAAACUAAAACACAAGCUGCAAUGAUAAAAAAAACCGGAAGUUAUGUGUUUGCUGUUGGCAUUGGAGACAACAUAGACAAAAAUGAAUUAUCAAACAUUGCCAGUUCUCCCGAUAGUAACAUUAACAAAUAUGCUUUCCAAGUCACAAAUUUUGAUGGUCUUAGAACAUUAAGAAACAUACUUGCAAUAAAGACAUGUGAAAUUGCUUCAUUUCAGCGAGACGAGAAAGUUUGCCGGACAAAUAAAACCAGUGAUAUUAUGUUUGUUUUUGAUUCGGCUUAUUAUGGAUAUAAGAUGUCUAACAUUAUUCUGGACCUGAUUCAACAAGUUUCCAUGUAUUUGGCAACAACUGGCGGAAAGAUUAAAACUGGAAUACAGUCUAAUUCUUGUUUGAAAGAUUCCAUUAGACAACUGUCGGCUGAUCCCAUUGAAGUAGUUCAAGAUUAUGAUGCACUUCCUCAAUUGAUCACGGACUUGCGUAUCAAACAGUUCAUGUCUGCAAAUGGUGGUCGAGGAACUUCAACGAAAAUGGCAGUAGUGUUUGUCGAUAACACUCUUUCAAAGACUGCUAAGCUUCAAGUGUUACGAUCGAAAUUUCGAAAAAUAAACUUUAUUUUCGUUCAGAUAGGCAAUGAAGUCAUGGAUAAAAAGCUGCAAAAGCUUGCCGGGAAGGCACAUUACGUAGUUGCGCUACAAUCUGAUAGUCACACCACAGCUCAGCAUCUAAAUACACUACUCUGUGAAGGUAUAUAAAUUGAAAGACGAAAGAAGACUUACACGUUUUGUAAAUCCUCCUCCUGCUGUGAUUUGUUGUUGUUUGAAAAUAAGUUACAUACAUUUGUGUUUAUAUUCCUAUUAACUUAUUUAUGUACGUUUAUUUUUUUCUUAAAAUGAUUUUGAUUUUUGUUCACCUUUCAUUAUUUCUUUUUUUGUCUAAUACUAUACCAAUGAUAAUAAAAUUGAUUUUCAGUA